AUGUUUGGCGUGCACCCGCUUGUGUAUUCUGUGUGGAUUGCCUGGCGCAUGUUGGAGACCUAUGAGGCACAUUCGGGAUACUGUUUCAGUCAGUCUCGGCUUGGUCAGCUGGGCUUACUCAAUGGGGGUCAUGCAGCCUUCCACGAUUACCAUCAUACUAUCAAUACGGGCAACUACGGAGGUCCUUUGUUCGAUGGUCUCUUCAAAAGUAUGGACCAGUGGGUUAAAAAUGGCGGUGAGAACGGCGUGUUCGAGACGGACUACGUCAAGGAAGCUGCGAAAUCUGAAUGA